UGACACGUCAUAUUAAUGUAGUUUAGGCCCAGUGUCACUGUGUCUACUUAUUAAAUUAGCCUAUUAUUUCCUUCAUUAUUAUUUGGUAUCAGGGGCAAAAGUUCUCAGACUUAUGAUCGUUUUUCUAGUGUGCAUCGCCAUGUUUCUCAAAUAUUCUCUCUUCUUAUCUCAGUGAUGUGCCGAUCACAAAGUUUAACUGCAAAACUUUCAGAACUGUCAAACUGAACGGAACAUUUUCUGGAGCCAGUGACGUUUAUAUUAUCACAAGUGAACAUGACUAUAAGCUAUCUGGGAACUUUACCCUCAUACAUCCAUUAAAUCAAAUUUUUCCGUAAAAAGCUUCAAGUAAGUGUUCCUAGUAGGCUAUUAGUGCAGGCAUGUGGCCAUCUGUCUACCAGAGGAUUCAGAAUUACAUUAAAAUCCCCUCCCAUUACUGUGUGAAUUCGGAAACUUAAGUAAAAAAUGUUAAAGUCUGAUUUCUAUACCGCGUGUCUCAGUUAUUCUCCUCUCUACUUGUGAUGUGCCGAUCACAAAGUUUAACUGCAAAACUUUCAGAACUGGCAAACCUAACGGAACAUUUUCACCAGUGAGGUUUAACACCCGCCCAUCUCUCAUCAGACCAGAGACCCUCCCUCCUCGGAAAAAAAAACACAGAAUACAGAACAGAACCAGCUCGGUCCUCAGACACGUCUUUAUCAAAACAAGAUGAAAAAGUUCCUGUUGUUGCUUCUCUUCUGUCACGUCUCAUCUCCAGUGAAACACUCACUCAAGUUUUUCGCUACUGGAUCUUCUGGACUCCCAAACUUCCCAGAGUAUGUCGGUGUUGCAGUGGUGGAUGACGUUCUGAUGGGUUACUGCGACAACAAGAAAAUGAUAGUAGACCCAAAACAGGACUGGAGAACAUUUUUCAAAAACAAUCCUGACCAGUUGGAGUUUUACACUAAAAGAUGUUUUGAGAGUGAGCCAGACUUCUUCAAAGCCACAAUAGAUAACUUCAAGCAACGCUUCAACCAAAGUGGAGGUGUCCACAUUUUCCAGAUUAUGAGUGGCUCUGAGUGGGACGAUGAGACUGGAGAGGUCAAUGGUUUUAAUCAGUUUGGUUAUGAUGGAGAAGACUUCCUAGCAUUCGACCUGAAGACAUCGACAUGGAUCGCUGCAAAACCACAGGCUGUCAUCAUCAAACAAAGAUGGGAUGCUGACGAAUCUAGAAUAAAUCACAUUGAGUUUAUCCUCACUCAGAGGUAUCCUGAAUGGCUGAAGAUGUAUUUGGACUACGGCAAGAGCUUUCUGCUGAGAAAAGGUAGAAUCACAUUUCCUGAUGUAGUUUCAUGAACACAACAAUGUUCAUACAGUCUGCUCAGACUGAACUGAUAUUUUAUUAUCAC